CGGCGGGAAGUCUGAUAGGGAUUCCUGGGACGUCUCCAAGCAACCAGAACCUGACGCAACGUUCCCGCCCCUCCUCCGGUAGCUGUCUGCUCAAAAACAAGUGGACCGUGGAGCUGUAGAGGGGAUAAUAUCAGAGAGAGAGAGAGAGAGAGAGAGAGAGAGAGAGCUGGAGAUGGUCUUUCCUGAUUCAGGGAGUCUGAGUACAAGUUGAAGCGCUGCUGGGAGAUUCCUACCAGUUUUUAAGAUUAUCUGCCUCUGAAACACUGAUGGAUCCAUUAAAAAUCCUUAAAGAUUGACUUGCCUGGCAAAUAUCAGAUAAAUUAGAUGCAAGGACAAAAAGUCACAACAAUUGUUAUUUGGAACAAGAGAGAGGCCCCCAAUGAAGAGCAGAUGUCUUUCUUUUUUAUUUUGACACAUUUUUGAGGAGCUUCUUGUAUUCAGCAGAUUUACGAUGGACGCCCCCUCGUCUCCUCAGAUCAUGGUUGACAGGGUCGGUGUCUCAGACCAAGCAGAAUGUGGGGAAGAUGUGGAUUUGCCUACAGAUGACCAUCUCGUGACCUUGAAGGCCUUGGCAGAGAAAUUAAGACUGGAGACCCGGAGGCCUUCUUACCUGGAGUGGAAAGCCCGGCUUGAGGCGGAAAGCUUCAGAGAGUCAGGAACUGGAAAAUGCCCGAUUCAAAUGGAGCCUGAAAGGAAACUAGUCGCACCCAGGGAGGCUGUAGUCAACUCUGAUGUGAUUGAGUGCAAGUUGCCAUCAGGUGUGCUGAAAGGAUUUGGGAAUAUCGAUGAGGCUCUGAGCUGGCUCAGGAGGGAACUGACCGACAUGCGCUUGCAAGACCAGCAGCUGGCGAGGCAGCUCAUGCGGCUCCGCAGUGACAUCAACAAGCUGAAGAUUGAGCAGACGUGCCACCUGCAUCGCAGGAUGCUCAACGACGCUACCUUUGGCCUGGAGGAGCGGGAUGAGUUGUCAGACCUGCUGUGUGAAUGCCCGGUGACCCCGGGCCUCGGCCUCUCUGCCCCGCUGAGACUCAUUGGUGUCACAAAGAUGAACAUUAAUUCUCGCCGGUUCUCGCUAUGCUAGUGGGUCCUGAGACCUGAAUACAAAACAGCUUGUCUACACGCCAGCCUUGGCCAUAUAUUAGUGAUGAAAUCCUUUGUGCAUUUAGGGCUUGACCACGUUGUUGUGAGGCCCUAUAAUCAAAGAGAGAGAUUUAGGUAAUGCAUAUAAUUUAGAAGAAGAGUUUGACUGUAGUAAUUACAUAUAUAAUGUUCAUGCCACUAAACCUUACACGGCAGCUAUAUACAGCAACCUUUCUGUCUUAAAACCGCAGCUGAGUUUAGACCUUUAAGGCCAUCAUGACCUGAAGCACAAAACUAGUUUUUAAACUGACUGACUCACUAAUAGUGACUGAAGUAAAUCACUUUCAAGCUUAUUAAUAUUGUUACCACUUACCUUAUACAGUACAUUUCUAUGAACUGGGGUUCUCAAGAUUUCUGUCUACAAGCCAAGAUUUAUCAAGCAGAGGCCGAAUAUUUAACCAUUACUGCAUACAAACCUCUGUAUGAUGCUUUCAGUGACAGUUUACUUUAUGGAAAUGUUUAGUGCUUUUAAAAAAGAUGCCUUAAUGUUGAUUAGAAUGCAUAUUUUAUUUAGCAAGUAGUAGUAUCAAUUUAGGGAGUAUAGUUUUUUUGUAGAAUAUGGAAAUGAUUUAUUCUUUACAAUGGUUGUCAAAUUGAACUAGUUUUCCUUUUGGUUGGAGUUGGCCCUUUUCUCUUACGGUUGACCUCCAGCCAGGAAGUAACUAUUUGAGAUCGCAUUGUCUGUUUGAAUAAAAAACAUGUUGUAGUUAAAUGGAUAAAGAUUGAAUUAUAACCCACUGUACCCAAUGACAUGAUUAGAUGGCUCUUGUUAUAACUCUGUUGGCAGUUACUGUAUAAAUUGAUUUAACAUUGUAUAUAUAUAUACUCUGAGUUUGGGGGGCUUGCAUUUGAUAUGUGAGCAUAUGAAAUUCAGGUCAGCUAUUUCCUGCCUAUCUCUCUCUCACUGCAAAAUAAAAAAAAAAAAAACUAUUAUCACAAUGCACAGACCAUGCACUAGGGAAAUGAGUUUCAGGGUUUGAGAUGCCUCUCCCUGUGGCCCAGAUAUGUUAUAAUAUGUUCUGAACAAAAUCACAAACACACCCAAACAUCUUAUGUCAACCUUUGAAAUGAGGACUGAUGUGUGUUACUGCUCAGACCAUUCCAACAUUAUAUGAUCAACUUUCUGUACCGACACAAUACUUGGCCUUUGGCACAGUGUGCACCGUCCCGGGAGCAGUGGGCACAACGCCACCUGGCAAGAAAACAACUGUUAUGUCGACUUGAUCUUGUGUUAAUAAGCCUAUAAUCAAAUGCAACAUGCCUUAAAACUGAUUUGGUAAAAUAUGAUACCCAUAAUGUCAGUGCUAACAUCUUUUCACAAAUGUACUGGAAGUAAAUAAUAAAUCAAGAGACCGGA